AUGACCCACUCCUGCUGCUCCCCUUGCUGCCAGCCCACAUACUGCAGGACCACCUGCUGCAGGACCACCUGCUGGAAAUCAGCCUGCAUCACCAGCUGCUGCAGCGCCCCCUGCUGCCACCCCAGCUGCUGUGGCCAAACCAGCUGUGGCUCCAGCUGCUGUCAGCCCUGCUGUCAGACCACCUGCUACACUACCUGCUUCAAGCCCAACUGUGUGACCAGCUGCUACAGCACCACUAUCUGCCAGCCUAGGUGCUGUGUUUCCAGCUGCGGCCAGCCCACCUGCUGCCAGCCCAGCUGCUGUUAGUCCAGCUGUUGCCAGCCCAGCUGCUGUCAGUCCAGUUGCUGUGACCAAGGCAGCUGUGGAUCCAGCUGCUACCAACCCUGCUCCCAGCCCACCUGCUGCAGGACCACCUGCUGGAAGCCCACCUGUGUGACCAGCUGCUGCAACUCCCCCUGCUGUCAGCCCAGCUGCUGA